UAGUUAUGUCGCUAGAUGGCAGUGGCGCAACACUGCUUCUCUAAACCACCGUCGAAGAAGAAGUCUGAAACGAGCAUGGCCGGCAGCGCUGCACCGAUAACCUCUUCUCUGGCUAAACUCCAGUCUUUGAAUGGAUUGUUUGCUAUUUAUAAAAAACAGGGACCGACAUCUGCGGACGUGUUGAAUACACUCAAAGAGACUUUGCUCAAAGAGGCUGGUGUUAAAAACGCAAACCCGCGGAAGAGAAAGAAACAGAGUCUAAAACUGGGACAUGGAGGGACUCUAGACAGUGCUGCCAGUGGGGUAUUGGUUGUUGGUGUUGGAACAGGCACAAAAACACUCAGUACCAUGUUAGCCGGUUCAAAGAAAUAUGUUGCUGUGGGUGAACUGGGCAAAGCAACAGACACACUUGAUGCUACUGGCAAAGUGACUCUGGAGAAAGACUUCGAUCACAUCACCAGGGUGGACAUGGAGGAGAAGCUGAAGUCCUUCACUGGUGACAUCAUGCAAGUUCCUCCACUCUACUCGGCUCUGAAGAAGGACGGCCAGCGUCUGUCUGUCCUGCUGAAGCAAGGUCACAAGGUCGAGGCCAAACCUGCCAGACCAGUGACUGUGUACAACCUGACCCUGCAGGAGUUCAAGCCUCCUCUGUUCACUCUGGAUAUUGAGUGUGGUGGUGGAUUUUACGUCAGAAGCUUGGUGGAUGACCUGGGAAAGGCUCUGUCGUCCUGUGCUCACGUGAAGACGCUGGUGCGGACCAAGCAGGGUCAGUUUACCCUGGAGGAGCAUGCUUUGCCUGAGGAGAAGUGGACACUGGAACAUAUUGUGUGCUCUAUGCAGCCCUGCUCUGUAUCAGAGCAGAGCACAAAACCAUCAGACCAACCAGCAGAGAAAACAUCAGACCAACCAGCAGAGAAACCAUCAGACCAACCAGCAGAGAAAAUAUCAGACCAACCAGCAGAGAAAAUGUCAGACCAACCAGUAGAGGAACUAUCAGAGGAACCAUCAGAGAAAAACAGUGUGAACCACGUUGAAAACAAGACAUGAUACUCGCUUGACUUGUUUCCAAUACCUUUUUUUUUUCCUUUUGAGUUUCA